GUGCGCCAAAGCAAACGUUUUGUUUAUGUGAGCAGCACGGAGCUUCGAGCGGCUUCGAUUUUGCGAAAAUAUCCACCAACACCAUCGUCAAUAAAAUGCCGGAGGAAGUUGCAUCCACAUCGUCCGCAACGGGUGCACCAAAGGAAGCGGAGGGCAAGAAGAAAAGCCUUCCCUGGAUCGAGAAGUACCGACCACAGCGGUUCGAGGAAAUUGUUGGCAACGAAGAAACAGUCGCCCGGCUGGGAAUAUUCGCUUCACAGGGCAAUGCUCCUAACAUUAUCAUUGCGGGACCCCCGGGUGUGGGUAAAACGACGACCAUCCUCUGCCUGGCACGCAUCCUGCUCGGGCCCAACUUCCGCGAGGCCGUGCUCGAGCUGAACGCUUCCAACGAGCGCGGUAUCGAUGUGGUACGCAGCAAGAUCAAAAUGUUUGCACAACAGAAGGUAACGCUGCCCCGCGGCCGGCACAAGAUUGUAAUCCUGGACGAAGCGGAUAGCAUGACGGAGGGGGCCCAGCAGGCGCUGCGGCGAACGAUGGAAAUCUAUAGCAACACAACGCGCUUUGCGCUAGCCUGUAAUACGAGCGAAAAGAUCAUCGAACCGAUCCAGUCCCGGUGUGCGAUGCUGCGCUUCUCGAAGCUAUCCGAUGCCCAGGUGCUGGCCAAGGUGGUGGAGAUCUGUCAGCACGAGAAUCUCAGCUACGAUGAGGAUGGGCUGGAGGCGAUCGUUUUCACCGCGCAGGGUGAUAUGCGCCAGGCGCUGAACAAUCUGCAAUCGACGGCGAACGGGUUCGGUCACAUUAGUGGCGCGAACGUGUUCAAGGUGUGCGAUGAGCCGCAUCCGCUGCUCGUGCAGGAUAUGCUGCAGCAUUGCGUCAAGGGGGACAUCCACAAGGCGUACAAGAUCAUGAGCAAGCUGUGGAAGUUGGGGUAUGCGGCGGAGGACAUCAUCGGGAACGUGUUUCGCGUCUGCCGGCGGAUGGAUAUGAACGAGAAGCUGAAGCUGUACUUCAUCCGGGAGAUUGGCGAAACGCACAUGAAGAUUGUGGACGGGCUUAACUCGCUGCUGCAAAUGUCCGGUCUGUUGGCUCGCAUGUGCGAAGCUUCCUACGAGCAUUCCUAGGGCGUUAAGUGUUGGUAAAAUGUAAUAAAUUUAAGAAACGAA